AUGGCGCGGUCGAUUAGCAAAGCCUUGGCAAACCCCAAAGCCAAGCACGGCGAAAGUGCUUUGACGGCUGAUGUUCUACCAGCAGUGAUGUUCGGCUUGGCUCUGUGGACUCUGGUCAUGUGCGCGAUUCAGCACGGUUACUUGCCGGUGCCCUUCGUGGAAGGGAAACAGUGUGAGCAGCUUGGCCUGGAGACUUGGGGGUAG